UUGAAUACGUUUAUAUGGAAGUGCGCCAAUAUCCACCUUUUCAGAAUUGCCGAUUCCUACUUGACUUUGCUUUGGUCGCUUUUCUCAAUCACCAAGGUUGAAGACACCGAUGUGGCUGAGAACCAUCAUCUAACACAAUCAGUUGGUCGAGCAAUGUUCAUCAUGUACCAUUGCACAUCGAUCAUUGUCCUGCUCAACAUGCUGAUCGCCAUGAUGAGCCACUCCUUUCAAACUAUCAACGAUCACGCUGAUCUGGAGUGGAAGUUUCACAGAACGAAACUGUGGAUGGCUCACUUCGACGAAGGAUCCAGUCUUUCGCCUCCCUUUAAUAUCGUUAUCACUCCUAAGCGACCAGGUUACUCCCGUAAGCGGAAUGAGAUGGAAAAUAACCCCAAUGAUGAAGGCAAAAAACCUCUGACGUAUGCGGAUAUCAUCCAACGACUCGUUUCAAGAUUCAUUCACCAGACGAAGAAGGAUAUGAAAAUGGAUGGAGUGAACGAGGAUGAUCUGUUGGAAAUCAAACAGGAUAUCAGUAGUUUGAGUGCAUCCAAAGACUCGUAUGAGCUAAGAGAUGAUCGUCGUCGAGAAAUCGUUCGAAGUUCCUCCCAUAUCGAUGCUGUCAAACGAGAUAUAAUGAGAACUAUGAGCAGUACGAGAAGUCGUGUAUUUGGGGGUAGUUAUCGCAUUCCUAGAAAUCGCUCUUCCGUCGCUGAAGAACUCGAGCUAACCAGUAGUGAGGAGGACGAAAAAGAAGACACAGUGUCGCUCCUUUUCACUCCGCCUGCUAAUUCACAAUUACCUGAAAUACUACAGGAAUCUCCUAUCGAUCGAGAACGAAAAGAAAAACGCAGACGCUGUUCUGAAGCUACCGGUGGCAUCUGCUCAGCCGAUAGGAUGAAAUUGUUGGGAACUCGGCGAGGAUCGGACACACGAACGCAUUCGCUGCUACGAAAGACUGAUACCGCUUUCAGCUUUCCAAUCAAUGGAAUUAUGAUGAGCCCGCCCUGCCCUAAAACACCAAAAAGCGUCUUGAAAUCUCCUGAAUCUCCGCGUGCGAGUUUGCAAGUUGAUGCUGGCUCUAUUGAAGUCAUUCAGAAUCUUCGCAAUGAGCUCAACCAAAAACUUGAUCUUCUCAUUCGCAGCAUAGCAGCAGGCGCUACGGACGUCAACGAUUUGACGAAAAGUAGCGACGUGAACAGCAACCUCACGCCG